CAACUUCUCGAACCGCUGCCAAGACAUAAAUUUAGGUUAUAGAGAGACCUCAAAUAAUUCAAAGCAAGUGGUACUUAUGAACUAUGAGUGAAACACAAGCUCUACGGGCCAAACGGGUUCGCCGUGCAAAAGCUUGCAAUACCUGCCGGCGAAAGAAGACAAAAUGUGAUGGGAAACAGCCCAUCUGUUCUCCAUGCAGUACCUUCAACUUCUCUUGCACCUUUCAGGAUGUCGUUAAACACCCUAGUCGCUCGAGCCGAGCUUAUGUUGAGGAGCUAGAGAAAAGAGUCGAGGAAAUGGAGCAGCAAUUACAACGACAGCAGGGCUCCCAGAUGGGUUUGAAGAGCACGCUCCCUAGCUCUGCCCCAGGAUCCCCAAAUAUCCCGGACCGCUCCGAAUCCAGUGAAUCAGGAGACGUAGAAAAUCAAAAUACCCAUGAAUCGGUCGGAUUUACCAAAGACGACCACGAUGGUCCCGAUAGUGAGGGCAGCAGAAUUGAUCAAGCCUCAUAUAUCAUUCAUGCCCAAGACGGGAAUAUGCGGUAUUUUGGAUCUUCGUCUGGACUUCCUGUCGGCUCUCUUCAGGGAGCGAAUUGGCUAAAAAGUCAAACAGGGACAGCGGCAUUACAUACUACUACCCACAGAUGUGCGGGUCGAUGGCAGUUGAAUAGUUGGCUUCCCCGCACUCUUCAGGACAGUUUUAAACGGCGAAUCUCCCAGCCUUUGCCCUGCAAGAGCUUAGCAGUGGAACUAGUUCGCGAAUUUUUUGAAACCUUCAAUAAGGCUAUCCCUCUAUUUAACGAAACUUCGUUUAUGAGAUUAUUCAAGAGGCAAUUUUCAUGGAAUCCCGAAGAGAGCCCUUCCUGGUGGGUAUCAUUUAACAUCGUCCUAGCUUUUGCAUACAGAGAAAGGGCACAAGAAUCUUCUGUCGGAAGUGAGGACUGGGAGAGGUCUUUAGGACACGUCAAGAAUGCUUUAAACGUCGUUGUAGAACUCUUUAUGCGAAAUGGAGAUCUACUUGCAGUUCAAGGAUUACUGGGGUUAGCAAUCUAUUUUCAGGGCACACCGAAUCCACAGGCACUGUUUAUGUUUGCGGCUGCUGCCAUGCGCUUAUCACACUCCAUUGGAUUGCAUAGGAGUAGCAUCCUCGGGUUAUCCGAAUCUCAAAUAGAAGACAGGAGGAGAACAUACUGGAUAGCAUUCAUCUUGGACGCAGAUAUUUCACUCCGCGUGGGUCGUCCAUUGGUCCAAGACAUCAAUGACUACGAUACACCCUUCCCAGCUAAACAUCCACAAGAUGGGAACGGCGUCUUUAGUGUCGAUGAUACUCAGAUCCACUACUUCCGUUUGCUCGCCCAGUUCGCUCUCAUACAGCGACGAGUUUAUCAACAUCUUUAUGCUGUGGCUGUUCAUAAACAAGCUAGAGACAGCGCCCUCAAAGAAGUAAAGGCUUGUGAAGAGGCGCUUCUUAGAUGGAAGGCCUCAAUUCCAGCGAAGCUUCAACCCCAGAACACAUUCUCUGCUAAACCACAUUAUUUUCUGCAGCACAUCUUGCGGCUACACUAUGCAUACCACUGCUGUUACUCGAACCUUCAUCAGGUGUGCAUGUUUACUAGGCAACCCGUAGGGUCAACAUCUAUACGGGGCAUCCCAACUGUAGAGAAUAAAAUCGCUCAAACUCUCGCUGGGUCCCUUGAAUCAGCGCGAUCCGCAAUAAGAUUGCUCAAACAUGUUCGGGGGUUUGGAUCUUCCUAUCGGUGGGAUAUCCUUUACUUCGUAGCUGCAGCAUCAGUGACUCUAGCAUCGAGGAUAUUAGUAUACCCUAGUAAUCCACGUGCCGAAGAGGACCUUUCCUUGAUUCACGAAACGAACGACUUUAUUUCCAAGAUUUCAUCCGACGAGCCUGGCACAUUCGCUGAUUAUGUGCUUGGUAUAUCCUCUGAUUUGGAAGACGCUGCAAGGAAAACCCUAGACCAGCUACACCAAGGCUACCGACAGCAGCAAGAAGGCGGCGCGCAUAGUAACAGCACUAAUAUUUUUGCGGAUGAAAACAGAGACAAGCACUCUGGGAGUGGUAUGGACCCAACUACGUCUACCACCUUAUUAGACAGAGUCUCGACCAUAACUCCACAAAACACAGACCACACGAGCAAUUCUAUGGAUACACCUAUACAGGGUGGUAGUCUACCAACGAUUGAUCUGCCGUCCGAUUUGAUGAUGAACUGGCAGUGGUCGAUUCCCCCAUUCUGGAAUUUGCAGGACAUAAUGACCAGCACGCCGCCCUCCCCAGUCCCGGAUGUUAUCAGUGGCCAAGAGCCGAAGGACGCCAUCUUCGAAUUUUAAAUAAUAACAUUUAAAAAGCUCUAUCAAUCAUCAUAUUCAAAAAAAUUUAGGUGCACGACUUUCUUUCCUGCCAAAUUUUUGAGCGUGUACGGCUAGCUACCUAUCAAAUUUACAGCCAGCUAAUAUUACGGUCAUGAUAGCAGUAUGGCACAGCAGGACUAGUCCACUUCGGAGUGGCCUUGCCAUCACCAAGCCUAGCAACAGGUUUUAGCACUUUCUGGUUCCCCCACGGCCCUUGCUCGUCGAACCCUGUCAUCAACGGCGAGUCCUCAUUCAGAUAGUCUGGAAGCCUUCUUUUCCACCCAUCAAUAACCUGGAUCAUAAUCUCCGAGACAAAUUGAUCGGGGGUAGAUGGGACAAACCCGAACCAUUCUGCUGUCUGACGAACAGUCUCAGGCGGGUACAAGCCAAUCUCUUCUUCCAGCGCGAUGGUAUCCGCAGCAACUAGGGACGUCGUAACAUGAUAUGAUCCUCCUUUAAGUGCGCGCUCCUUGACUGCAAUCAUAGCUGCUAGGGCACCAACAAGGCCUGUAAUCAUGUCAGAUACUGGGAGAGGAGGGAGCACACUUUUCCCUUCUUCAUGACUAAGUGAUCUUCCCAUGACAUAGGAAGAGCCUGAUGCGGCAUCGCCAAUCUGUUGCCAGCCAGGGCGUUCUGCAAAUGUUCCAUCGGGGCCGUAGCAGUUCUCAUCCACGUAUAUGAUUCCCUUGCUUCUCUUAGCUGCUAGUUCUAGCAUCGCGUGGAGUCCGAGGCCCUGUCUCUCUAGCGAUCCAGCGCGGAACCCCUGGAUGAAUAUGUCGGCUUCCGCGAGCAGCUCUUGGAUACGCGUCAUAUCCUCUUGUUUUGUGAUGUCGAGAUCGAUGGUCCGUUUUCCAGCGUUGAGGGUGAGUUGCAAAACCUAUAAUGGCCCGCGAUGAUACGCACCAUCUCCAAGACUUUAAUUCCCACUAAGGGUCUUCUAUCAGAGCCAGCAGCCUUUAGCAACGGCACUUGUGGUGUAGGAUUGGCGUACGACUCCUGUGUGACGUUGACCAAAGGGUGUUUAGCUAAUCGCUUCCCGAACUCUGUUUUUCUCCACCCCUCUGGGGAAUAGCAGAUACUUCCGCAUAGGCCAUGGCGUAGAUUAUGCAUUUCCAGCUCAUCGGGGCUCCACUGGCAAACAUGCUUUUGGAUAUAAUCAUAGUACUCCUUUGCCGAGCUAAAGGUGACCGAAGAGUCGAUUCCCAUAGACUCAAGCGUCUUGUUCGCAUCUAGCGAGCCAUGGAGUUGAUACCAGACCCGUGGAUCUUUCGUCUGGUAAAUUGCCGUCGUCCUACCCGCAAUACCUUUUCCAAACCCUUGCUCAAAAUCCAGGUUAAAGAGGGUGGCCAGCUUUUGCGAGCGCGCAAGUGUCGAAAUGUCGGAGCCGUUAAUGUACGUGGUGAAAGUUGACGCGAGCCAAAUAGCAGCAUGAUCAGUGUCGACCGUUACACGGCUCUCUUCCAGCGGCCUUCCAUUACGGAGUUCGAGGAUCUCAUUGGCUACCAGACCGGCCAUGGCGUGGAGGGCGGCAGCAACGACAGGGGAUUUGAUCGGCCCUGGAAUCAUUGGGUCUGGUCGACCUUCGAAGUGGACGGUGUUCCAAGCAGAUCUGCUCUUUGUGAAGCAUGGGGUCCGUGAGGCGAGGAUCUCGAAGACGCGGCGGGCAUCUUCCGGUACUGGGAGAACGUUCUUGUCCAUGAAUGUCCCGGGGCCAUAUACAUCGCAGCUGGGAAUAGUUUCAUGGGAAUAGGCCAUAUUAAUAGCUUGUAUCUGCGCUUGUAAACUAUGUCCGUUUACUUCGAAGUUAUUCGCAAUGGUAAUAUCAAUCAGAAGGGACAGAAUAAAACAUCUAAAUACCAAAC